AUAUUUCAUAUAAUGUUAUUAAUAUUUAUAAUUUUCAAAAUGUUUUAAACUUAAGUAUAUUUUAGUCGUUAUGAAUUCAGAUUUACCGCAAUUUUGUCAGCCUGGACCAUCCACAUCAAAAGAUGAAAACCAUCCACGAACAAAUACUGAUGAAAAACUCCAGUUUCCUCCUUACCACUAUCAAAUGGAUGCAGCACAACCAUCCACAUCUGCUGCACAACUUACAUAUCCAGUGUCUCUAUCACCCUGGCCAAAUACUCAAGGUUUUCCUACGUAUAUGACAAUGGGAGUAAAUGCCACACCGCCAUCGUCAUAUAUUUACUCACCGACUUCAUGCUUAAGACUGCCACCUACUGAACAAGUACCUCCAAACUGCUUAGAUUGGACCAUUAAUCCUAUUAAACCCCCACCACGGCAGUUUAAAACUACAUCAGAACCAUUAUUUGCACUAGGAUAUAAUUCAACCAUAUCAGAAAAUUGGAUGGAGGGAGAUAAAGGUCUUCAGUACAGUAUAAAAAAUUUCACAUUUUGUACUAAAAGAGUAAACAGCUUAAAUUCAGCUACCAGCUCUAGUCAAGUAAAUGAGUAUGACUCUUUGCUCGUCUCCAUCCCUCAGGCUCUAGAAGGAGAUUAUCAUUAUUAUGUAUGGCCUGCAUCACCUGUACUUGCAUGGAUAAUAUGGGAACAUAGACUUGAACUGCCUGGUAAAAAGAUAUUAGAAGUUGGUUCUGGAACUUCUUUGCCUGGUAUAGUAGCUGCUAAAUGUGGAGCUAUUGUUACGUUAACUGAUGAUCCUACUAUACCUGGAACUAUUAAACAUGUUCAGAAAUGUUGUUACAUGAAUAGCUUGUAUCCUGAACAAAUAAGAGUACUUGGAUUGCAGUGGGGCUACUUUUUCCGUGAAACUUUAAAUAUUGGACCGUUUGAUUUAAUUAUUGGAUCAGAUUGCUUUUACGAACCUAAUAUGUUUGAGGAUUUAAUUGCAACUAUAUCUUUCUUAUUAGAACGUAAUCCUUUGGCAAAGUUUAUGACAACAUAUCAUGAAAGAGACCCAGAAUACGGAAUUGACGAACUUGCAGCAAAAUGGAAACUUAAUUGUACACAUAAACCACUUGAAGACUUGGGUCAAAACAACGAACUAGAUAUUUAUGAGCUCAUGAAAGGGAAUGAUAUACAUUUAAUAGAAAUUACCAGAAAAGUAUUUAAAAAAAAUGAAACCUAAUAUUAUAUUAUGUUAUUCAG